GCGAGAGAAGCAGUGAUUGAAGCAGAGCCGAGCGGCGGUGGUGAAGACGGCCAUCUUAGAGCUGCCGCGGUCACCGACAUCUACCUUUUUUGGGGGAGGAUUUCUACUUUUCCUGUCAGAGAAGCUAUACGCGGGGAGAAGGCUGCGUUUGACUUCGCUGAGGUUUAACUCGAGGUCGGGAUGCGGUUCCUGGGGAAUAAACAGCUAGCAUCCGCUGUCGGACUGGUCCUCGGACUAUUAUGUGCGGUGAAGGCAGCUAAAGUUAAUAAGCACAAACCGUGGAUCGAGACGACGUACCACGGGAUCGUGACGGAAAACGAUGACAAAGUUCUCCUGGACCCUCCACUCAUCGCCCUCGACAAGGACGCUCCGUUACGCUACGCAGAAAGUUUUGAGGUGACCCUCACCAAAGAAGGUGAGAUUUGCGGCUUCAGGAUCCAUGGUCAGAAUGUUCCUUUUGAGGCUGUGGUUCUGGACAAAUCCACUGGAGAAGGAGUUAUCAGGGCUAAGGACAAGCUGGACUGUGAGCUGCAGAAAGAGCACACCUUCACCAUCCAAGCCUACGACUGUGGAGAGGGUCCUGAUGGAGCCAACAUGAAGAAAUCCCACAAGGCGACUGUCCACAUUCAAGUGAAUGACAUCAACGAGUACUCCCCAGUGUUCAAGGAGAAGACCUACAAAGCCACCGUUCUUGAGGGAAAGAAAUACGACAGCAUCUUGAAGGUGGAGGCAGUGGAUGCUGACUGCUCCUUCCAGUUCAGCCAAAUCUGCAAUUAUGAGAUUGUGACACCCGACGUGCCCUUCACCAUUGACAAAGACGGUUUCAUCAAGAACACGGAGAAACUGAGCUACGGCAAGGAGCACAUGUAUAAGUUGACCGUGACCGCCUACGACUGCGGAAAGAACCGGGCCUCUGAGGAUGUUCUGGUCAAAAUCAGUGUCAAGCCCACCUGCAAACCCAGUUGGCAAGGCUUCAAUAAGAGGAUUGAGUAUGAGCCAGGCACAGGAAGUCUGGCCCUUUUUCCCAGCAUGCACUUGGAGACUUGUGAUGAGCCAGUCUCCUCAAUCAGAGCCAGUGUUGAACUAGAAACAAACCACAUUGGGAAAGGCUGCGACCGUGACACCUACUCUGAGAAGUCUCUGCACAAGUUGUGCGGGGCUACUUCUGGUACUGUGGAGCUCCUUCCAGCGCCCAGCAGCUCCGCCAACUGGACAAUAGGACUGCCCACCGACAAUGGCCACGACAGCGACCAGGUGUUUGAGUUCAAUGGCACCCAGGCCAUCAAGGUUCCUAAUGGUGUAGUGAGCACCAACCUGAAGGAGCCAUUCACCAUCUCCGUGUGGAUGAGACACGGCCCCGGCGCCCACGAGAAGGAGACUAUCCUCUGCAACUCUGAUAAAACUGACAUGAACAGACACCAUUACUCGCUCUACGUCCACAACUGCAGGCUUAUCUUUUUGCUGCGCCAGGACCCAAGUGAGGCAGAGACCUACAAACCAGCAGAGUUUCACUGGAAGCUCGACCAGGUAUGUGACAAAGAAUGGCAUCACUACGUUCUCAACGUGGAGUUCCCCACUGCUUCUCUCUUUGUGGACGGAACAACCUUCGAGCCCUUCCUAGUCACAGAGGACUACCCGCUGCACGCCACCAAGAUCGAAACUCAGCUCACCAUUGGUGCCUGCUGGCAAGAAAACUCAGGACAUGACAAUGAAACUGAGACGGCCCCUGAGCCCACCUCAGGUGGAAACGCCCGGAUGGCUCAGUUUUUCCGAGGGAAUCUGGCCGGGUUGAUCAUUCGCUCUGGUAAACUGGAGAACAAAAAAGUGAUUGACUGCUUGUAUACCUGCAAAGAAGGACUGGAUGUGCAGCUGCCGGAGGAGGUGGCAUCGUCUGUCAAGGUUGAAUUCAACCCGAACCAGUCCUCCCUGACCGUGGAAGGGGAAGACAUUGAUGCCUUUGACAAAGUCAUGCAGCAUAUCUCCUACUUGAACUCCCGUCAGUUCCCGACGCCAGGCAUCAGGCAUCUUCGAGUCGCCACCACGGUCAAAUGCUUCAACGAGGACGCCUGCGUGUCCGUGCCUGAUGCUGAAGGUUAUGUGAUGGUGCUGCAGCCAGAGGAGCCAAAGAUCAGCCUCAGCGGCAUCGACCACUUCGCCCGCAGCGCCGCUGAGUUUGAGAGUCAGGAAGGAGUGACACUCUUCCCCGAGCUGCGUAUUGUGAGCACCAUCACGCGUGAAGUAGAGGCCGACACCGAGCCCGAAGCUGCAGACGGAGCGGACGAUGACCCCACAGUGCAAGAGACUGUGGUGUCGGAGGAGAUCAUGCACAACUUGGACUUUUGUGAGGUCUCUGUGAUGGGAGAAGAACUGGAUGGAGAGCACGAGAGCCUGGAGAUGGACCCGUCUCAGCUGCAGCAGCGUGCCUUAGAAAUGAGCUCCUCCAACCUGGGCCUCAUCAUCACCGGUGUGAACACCAUGGCCAACUAUGAGCAGGUCCUGCACCUGAUCCGUUACAAGAACUGGCACACCGAAGCUCUGUUCGACAGGAAGUUCAAGCUGGUCUGCUCUGAGCUCAACGGUCGCUAUAUCAGCAACGACUUCAAGGUUGAGGUGAAUGUGAUCCACACAGCUGUUCCUGUGGAGCACGCCAACAACGCCAUGGUGCAGCCCAGCUUCAUCAACCCCGUCCACCAUGCCUCUGUGGAUCUGUCAGGACACAACCUGGUGAACGCUCACCAGGCGUCAGUGGUUCCCAGUGCUGCCACCGUUGUCAUCGUGGUGUGCGUCAGCUUCCUGGUGUUCAUGAUUGUUCUUGGCGUCUUCCGCAUCCGAGCAGCACAUCAACGCACCAUGAGAGACCAGGAGAACGGCAAGGAGAAUGAGAUGGACUGGGAUGAUUCUGCCCUCACCAUCACCGUUAACCCCAUGGAGACCUACGAGGACCAGCACAGCAGUGAGGAGGAGGAGGAAGAGGAGGAGGAGAGUGAGGACGGGGAGGAGGAAGAUGACAUCACGAGCGCUGAGUCAGAUACCAGCGAGGACGAAGAGGGCGGCGAGCCGGAGGACAAGCAGGGAGCGAGCAGACAGCAGCAGCUGGAGUGGGAUGACUCCACCCUCACCUACUGAAACGCCAAACGCGCUCUGACACACACAUCACCCCCCUGACACCUCCACUGCUUCGCACACAGCGCCUCCUACAGUUUCAUGUCAAACAGCCAUGAGAUAUUUAUAUAUA